UAGAAAAAGCCGUGUUCCAUGAACGCAUAGUGUACUUAAAAGAAUAAAGUAUUUUAUAUGUUUUUUUAAUUUGAAACGAAUAUAUAUUUCCUCUCUGCGGUAAAUAGUACCUACUAUUAAAACAUAACGAAAUAAUGCCGAGACCGGGAUGUGUUGUUGUUUAGUGAUUAAAUUUUAUAUUAACGCAUAAACUUUACGAUUAAAAAUGAGGAUAAGAAGAUUAUCAGCGUUCUUCUGGGCUACUUGCAUUAUAGCUUUUAUAUUUAUUCUCUAUGUUGUUACUGAUCUAACAUUUAAGCUACCAAGCAUCAAACCAGCUAUGGUUGAACUUGAUGAUAGUAAGUGGUCUUCAUUUGAGUCAAAGCUACGCCACAUAGAGAAGGAACUAAAUGAACAUCAUGCAGUAGUCGGAGAAAUAAAAACAGCAAUGGAUCAAAUUGUGGAUCAAACAAAUGAAGUCCAUCCUAUGAAAAAGCCUAAGAUUACUAAGAAACAGUCAAAAAUAAGGGACUUUAAAGUGGUAGGAGAUGAGCCACCAAGAAUGCAAAUUAAGCAUAAAGUGAAUAUGUCAUAUUGCCCUAUGAAUCAACAGACAUCUAAAACAGAUAUUCAGAUGUUAUCAAUUUAUGAAAGAAUAAAGUUUGAUGAUAUGGAUGGUGGUGUGUGGAAACAAGGUUGGGAUAUUGAAUACAAAGAGAGCCAGUGGAGUAGCAAAAAUAAACUUAAAGUGUUCAUUGUGCCACAUUCUCAUAAUGAUCCAGGAUGGCUUAAGACAUUUGAAAAUUACUACAAACUACAAACAAGAGCAAUAUUUACUAACAUGGUGGAGAAGUUGUCAGAGGGGCACGGUAGAAAGUUUAUUUGGGCGGAGAUAAGCUAUCUUUCUCUAUGGUGGAAUAUGGAUGCAACGGAGAGAGAAAAAUCUGCUUUCAUAAACUUAUUGAAAUCUGGCAAAAUAGAAAUUGUUACUGGGGGAUGGGUGAUGAACGAUGAGGCAAACUCACACUGGUUAUCAAUAAUCCAACAACUCACUGCCGGACACCAGUGGUUGAUUGAAAAUCUGGGAUAUACACCACGAAACAGCUGGUCUAUUGAUCCGUUCGGCCAUUCCAGCACUCAGCCAUACUUGCUAAAGCUGGCUGGUUUCGAAAAUUCCUUGAUUCAGCGCAUACAUUACAGAAUUAAGAAAGAGUUGGCUCGGGACAGACAUUUAGAAUUCAGAUGGCGACAAUUAUGGGAUGGAACAGGCAAAACAGAUAUGUUUACACAUAUGAUGCCAUUCUAUUCAUAUGACGUACCUCACUCAUGCGGCCCAGAUCCUAAGAUUUGUUGCCAAUUUGACUUCAAGCGAUUACCCGGUAAUGGCGUGAAUUGCCCUUGGGGCAUAGCUCCGAUUAAAAUCAUUCAGAAAAAUGUUGCUGAAAGAGCGUCAUUAAUAUUGGACCAAUGGCGUAAGAAAUCACAACUGUACCGGAGUAAUGUCGUACUGUUUCCUCUCGGUGACGACUUCCGGUACGACCGUCCCAACGAAUGGGACCACCAGUAUUCGAACUACGAAAUGUUGAUAGAUUAUAUCAAUAAUAAUGACGCCUGGAAUGCUGAGGUGCAAAUAGGAACUCUUAACGAUUACUUCAAAGCCCUGCACGAGGAAAUGAAGCUUUCCGAUUUUCCCGUGCUCUCUGGUGAUUUCUUCACGUACGCAGACAGAAAUCAACAUUACUGGAGCGGCUAUUACACGUCGAGGCCAUUUUAUAAGAACAUGGACAGGAUGCUGUUGGCGUAUGUAAGGGCAGCCGAAGUUAUAACGUCACAAGCGGUGUCAUCGAAGUCCGUGACGUAUAUUACAUCUCUACAAUUAAGGGAUCGUGUGGAAAGGGCAAGGCGGGCAUUAUCACUGUUCCAGCAUCACGAUGGUGUCACUGGUACGGCGAGGGAUGAUGUGGUACUUGAUUAUGCGAGCAAAAUGCUUCAAGCGAUAAAAGACAGUCAGUCUGUCAUACAACAAGCGGCUUUCUACCUCUUAAAGCAACCAGCCAUUAUCGACCAAACUCAAGAGGAUAUUUACUUCGACGUUGACGACAUCUGGCGAAAAAAUAAUGAAAUUCCAGCGAGAAUCACGAUAGCGCUGGACGAAGUGUCGCCAUCUAGGCGUCUAGUGCUGUAUAACGCUUUGGCAUUUAGACGACAGGAGAUAAUUACUGUGUUUGUGUCUUCGCCCCAUGUUGAGGUUUUUGACCCCGAAGGAAGUCCGAUAAUGGCCCAAAUAUCGCCCGUUGUGUCUGGUGAGAAGAGGCUAGGUUUCGCAGCGAACAAAUUUCUCCUUUCGUUCCCUGUGACUAUUGACGCGCUCGCACUAACAGUGUACAGUGUCUCGCUACGGGACAGUAUGACUAUUAACAAGUAUACGUCAUACGCCCGUGUACGCGUAUACAACGCGGACUACUGGAACAUCGACCUACCAAAGAUGUUCGCCAUUGAGCAACCCUCAGCCCGAUUAUCCGAUGACGUAACCAUACAAGCGGGAAAUAGUACGCGAGUGCUGGCCAACAAGCAUGGUCUUAUUAAAGCCAUCAUAUCCACCGACGGAAAGACCACGCCGGUGCACAUGGAUUUUGUUCAAUAUGGCACACAAAAAAUGACAGAUAACAAUAGUGGAGCGUAUCUUUUCAUUCCGGACGGUCCCGCCCAACAGUUCAACUUGGACGCGUAUCCCGAACUGGUCAUAACCGAAGGACCGUUUAAGGCAACACUUUAUACCGCACUCAUUGGUCCAAAGGCCGCUGACGUCAUUUUAGCUGUGUCUGUAUACAACAACCCCUCACUGCGGCAAAGUGAGGUGGAAGUGACCAACACAUUACUCAUAGACCCACAUGUGGAUGACUUGGAACUGGCCAUGCGGUUCUCUACAAGUAUCAAAAGUGGAGAUGUCUUCUAUACUGAUCUUAAUGGGAUGCAGAUAAUAAAACGGAGGUACUUGGAAAAAUUACCCAUUCAAGCAAAUUUCUACCCUCUUGGAUCUAGCGCGUUUAUUGAAGACGAAAGCUCUCGUCUCACCAUUUUAGCGUCUACGCCCCUUGGCGUGGCGGCUUUGCAGUCCGGACAGAUUGAAAUAAUGCAAGACAGACGUCUCUCCCGUGAUGAUAACCGCGGAAUGAACCAAGGUGUAUUGGACAACGUACGGACGAGACACACAUUCAAACUUAUUGUUGAACAUGCGCAUACGCCGUGCUCGCACAAGCCGUUUGACCACCCAAGCGGGUACCUCACACUCGGGGCUCACGUCUCCCAACAGUGUUUACUUCAGCCCCUUAUAACUAUGCACUACACGGCCAACGAAAACUCACCUAGGCCGAGCUAUUCGCGAUCCAUCACAAAUGCCGCUGACGUCAUACUCGCCUCCUUCCGGUCGCAUGUUGCUGUCAAGAAUAAGGAAGGAUCAGUCUACCAUGGUAUGGGUUUGACAGUACAACGCGUUCAUUUGGACACGUGCUUCGGUAACGCUGCCAUUUCCAAGUUUUACCCUACUGGUGAUGGACAAGUACAACUGACAGAUAUGGUAGACGUCCAACCGGACCGAGUAUUUGACAGCUCCCUCACAUUCCUCCACAUUCGUUCACCCGUUCCUGACGCGUCGCUCGUUCUCUGCCCCAUGGAGGUGCGUUCCGUAUUCAUCAACUACACUCUGAAGCACGGCUGAACGAGUGAACGAUUGACCUGUGAGUAUUGAAUUGUUAGUCACGUGACUAAAGCGUAUUGAAUUAUUUAUGUUUGUGAUAAUUUUAUUCAGGCAUUGUCAUUGAACUUUAUCUUAUAUAAAAGAACUUUAUGUAUAAUACGAAACCAAACAAAUCACAAAAGCUCGGUUUCCUAAUAUUUGUAUUUCAACUGAUACAUUGUAAAAUAAGUUCUAUCGGCGUCUCUAUAUGUUGUGAACCAUAAACUAUGUUGACACUUUGAAAAUAAAUAUACAACUUACAGCUAAGUAUUUAAUAUAAUUAAACAUAAUAACUGAUAACUUGAGUAAUAAAAAUAUAUUAGUGGUUAGGCGUCGUAAAUACAGUUUCUGACGUAAUAAAUGCAAUUUCAAUGUUAAUUCCUGCAUUUUAUAUAAAGCUGUUUCGUAUUAACGAUUCUUUUUCGAGUUUUUAUCGUAUAGUGUAGGAUUUAAUCAAAUUUCUCAUCAUGUGUGUGUAUUAUGACUAUCUAUUUGUAUAUAUUAACUAUGUUAAAUACGUAUGUACUUUAAAUUACUAUGUGUUAUGAUAUACGUGGCGUGUUUACGUGAAUUUAGUAAUAAGCUUCCCAAGGUCUCGAAGGAUUGAUGUUCCUCGUUAUGAAAUUUUUUUGAAAACUGUUACAAAAUGGCAAUAUUUCUCCUGUCACAGAACCCAUUUGGUUUAUAAUAUAAAUUGUCUCUAAAGCCAGUCUACCAGUCGAAGAACUGGCUGGCCCGAAGUACCCAGUGGCAAAGGCCGAAAUAUUGUAUCUCUCUCUUCAGUCGGUUGCGCUUGUUUGAGCUUCGUGAUCAGCAAGAAAACAUCAGGUGCCAACUAUCUGGACAGUAACAUCUCUUAUGACAGUGUACACUUUUAAGGAAGAUGAGUCUGUCGCUUGAUCGGUCCGUCUGGUUUGUGAACGACCACUUGAUCUUUUGCCGUCUAUAUUAACGAUCAGUUUCUCCAAGUUCUCAUCGCCUCUACGCAUUGUUUGGCCGAAAUAUGAUACAAUUCGCAGUCCACGGUAUUCUUAGCAUUUGGCUCCAGCACCUCAAGCAUUGUCCUUAAAAUAAAUCAAUGGCGCUCCAACCUUUUUAGGUCUGGGCCUCAGAUUUCUGUAUCUGUUU